AUGGAUACGCCUUCAUCAGAGAAAUUUUCUGGUGUUCCAGACGGACAGUUCUCUCUUCAUCUCGAUGAUAUUCAAAGUACAAUCUUCGUUAGCGGAGAAGACUUAGAGCAACUGAAGGAUCAAAGAGACUUGUUUGUGCUGGCACAAACCUCUGCUUCACGACCACAAAUUACUUCGGAGAUUGAAUUAGCGUUGAAUUUUCUUCAGCAUCUUCUAGACAACAGCGGUGUGUCUUCCUCCACUCGAUCAUUCCUCCAGGGGUUCGAGAACAAGUACCUCUUCGAUUUUGAAAUACAUUCGAUUAUACAUUCUUUACAACUCGAUCAGCCGACACGAAACAGAUUGCUCAGCACAUACUACAAAGCUGUCACCCUAGUCAUUUCAGAGCCCACAAACAUUGCACCGAGUGCGUUAUUAAGCGUCGCAAAAAGCGGGCAUAUCAAGCCAUAUGUCGUCUUCGGAGGACAAGGCACAGCGAACGCGACAUGCGUGAAAGAGCUUUUUGAUCUUUAUUCGACAUAUACGCCGUUUUUAAAAGACCUCAUCGACGCUAUUGGGGCUUUGCUUAGUCGUCUUUCCCGAUUGCCUCAGACACGCGAAUAUUACUGUGGCCGAUACCUUGACUUGCAAGCAUGGUUACGCGAUCCUGACCAAGUACCAGGAUCUGACUUUGUCUCCGGUGUGACAGUCAGUUGCCCAAUUGUCGGUCUCUUGAGUCUUGCACACUACUGUGUAACAUGUAAGGUUCUGGGCAUGACCCCAGGUGAUCUUCGAAGUUUGCUCCAAGGCGUUACAGGUCAUUCUCAGGGGAUUGUAGUAGCUGUCGCCAUAGCCAUUUCUGACUCAUGGGAAUCGUUUUACGGCGCUGCAUUGACGGCAGUAGAAAGUCUUUUCUGGAUCGGAUUUGAAUGCAACCAGGGCUCGCCGAGAUCAUCUCUGUCACCUUCAGUCAUUGAAGAUAGUGUCAGCAACGGCUCGGGUCAACCCUCAUGCAUGCUGAGCGUCGUUGGGUUGGAACGAUCUCGUCUCGACCGAAUCUUGGUCAUAAUAAAUAAGUCACUUCCAACUACGAGUCAAAUUGGUGUUGCCCUCAUCAACACAAGGGAUAAUUUCGUCGUUGGCGGUCCCGCCAAAUCUCUGGCAGCACUCGACACCUACCUUCGAACAAUCAAGGCAGAUCCGGAGAUCGAUCAAAAUCGUGUACCUCACAGCAAGCGCAAACCCAUAAUCCAGCAUCAGUUUCUUCCAAUAACUGUACCAUUUCACACCGAGUAUUUGUCAAUACCCGCUCAAAAAAUAAAGGAGCACCUGUCUUCCUUAAAUAUAUCCCCCGAAAUGCUCGAAAUACCUGUCCACGACAACAGAAACGGCCGCGACUUGCGCGAACUACCACACGGGACGAACGUGCUAGAUAAUCUCAUUGAUGCAAUAUGCGUUGAUUGUUGUGACUGGCCAGCAGUACUUCAGUCAUCGACUGCGACCCACAUCUUGACGUUUGGUAGCGGUGGUGUGCCAGACCUAAUCAUGAGACUCCUCGAUGGCAAAGGAGUAAGGGUCAUCAGCGGAUCUGAUCUCGAAACUCGGGACGCCGACAUUGGAAGUAAGAUGGAUAUAUUUUCUCCAUGCUUUCUCCCUACAUCAACCAAAGUCGAAAGCUGGGCAGAGAAAUUCCAGCCUCGUCUCGUACAACCUACCUCUGGAGGACUGCGAUUGGAGACCCGACUCAGUAAACUGUUGGGAGUCCCACCUGUCUUUGUUGCCGGAAUGACGCCGACAACAGUACCGUGGGACUUUGUUUCUGCAGUCAUGAAUGCGGGAUACCAUGUUGAGCUUGCAAGCGGUGGCUAUUUCAAUGCAGGAGAGAUGUCUGCCGCUAUUGAAAAAGUGAAGAAUAGUGUUCCAGCUGGAAGGGGCAUUACUUGUAAUUUGAUUUACUCAAGCCCACAAGCCAUGACAUGGCAGAUUUCCAUGUUACGCAGACUAGCCAAAGAAGGUGUCGCCGUCGACGGUCUGACGAUAGGUGCCGGAGUACCCUCGCAAGAGAUCAUGACUGAUUACAUAACUAGCCUGGGCUUGAAACACAUUUCUCUCAAGCCUGGUUCCAUAUCGGCUAUCCGCGAGGUUUUAGAAAUUGCAAAAGCACAGCCACAGUUUCCAAUCAUUUUACAGUGGACGGGCGGUCGAGGAGGUGGGCAUCAUUCCUAUGAAGAUUUCCAUGCACCAAUCCUUCGUACAUAUAGCAGCAUUCGCAAAUGUCCAAACAUUAUUCUAGUCGCUGGGAGUGGAUUUGGGAGCUAUGAAGACAGCUAUCCAUAUCUCUCUGGAAUUUGGUCCACUCGUUUUGGAUACCCUAGAAUGCCAUUUGAUGGCAUUCUUCUUGGAAGUCGCAUGAUGGUUGCUCGCGAGGCGCACACGUCUCUUGCAGCGAAGAAGUUAAUUAUCGAAGCUCCCGGAGUUCCCGAGACAGAAUGGGAGAAGACCUACGAAGGCGCUGCAGGAGGUGUCAUUACUGUUAUCUCGGAGAUGGGUCAGCCUAUUCAUAAGAUCGCCACAAGAGGUGUUCUUUUCUGGCAUGAGCUUGACAAGACAAUCUUCAGCCUACCACGAAAAAAUAGACUCGAGGCAUUGUUGAAAAAGAAGUCAUAUAUCGUUAAAAGACUGAACGCAGACUUUGCUAAACCAUGGUUUGGUCAGAACUCGCAAGGAGAACCUGCAGAGAUAUCAGAAAUGACAUACAUGGAGGUCUUACGCCGGCUGGUAUCUCUCAUGUACGUCGCUCACCAGAAACGUUGGAUUGCACCUUCUUACGUAAAUUUUGUUGCGGACAUUGCAGCUCGGACGUUAGAAAGACUUCCGGCAAAGGGUGAUAUUGAGAUUACAACAGCUUCUUUACAAAAUCCUCAGCAUAUGCUUGAAGUAUUUGCCCGCUGCUGUCCUCUUGCUUCCACGGAGUUUCUUAACCCAGAAGAUGCGAAGUACUUCAUCCUGCGGUGCAAGAAGCGUGGUCAGAAACCUGUCAACUUCAUCCCUAUAAUUGAUGAGGAUUUUGAAACAUUCUUCAAGAAAGACUCUUUGUGGCAAUCUGAGGAUAUCGAUGCUGUCAUAGAUCAGGAUGCUGGUCGAUGUUGUAUCCUUCAUGGACCUGUUGCUGCUCGAUACUGCAAAUCUGAUGAUGAGACCGUGAAAGAAAUCCUUGACCAGAUCAACCAGGGUUUGAUCAGGAAGGUCGAAGAGGAUUUCUAUCCAGGCGGGUUAAUAAAACAACCUGAAAUUGCUAGCCUUUCUUCCGAGAGCUGGUCUGUAGCGACACCCGAAUCCGAUACUAGGAAUGUAUCGCUUACCCCUAUUGAUAGUCUCGCCGGUGGUGUUGAAGACAUUUUAUUAUCUACGGUACUUAUUCUCGUGAAGAUGGGCAACCCUUGGAUUCGUUCCUUGUUCACGGAUGAGUAUAUUUUACGCGGCCGCGAUCGCAAAAUCAAUCCAUUCCAUCGUCUGAUUCACCGGGAGUCCAAAGGCACUGUGGAAGUAGAUCCUGAAACAUCACUAAUUACCAUAUUCGUCGAAAAUGAAGACAGCUCAAAGACCAAGUCCGUCGUGAAAAUCUCCUCGCAAAACGACAUAGACAUCUCUGUGGAACUUUCUUUCCCUGGCUUUCACAGCAAGGAACCAACUGUUCUACCGCUUGCUUUUCGUUACGACCAAGCAAUGACACCGUACAGCAUAGCUGAAGUUACGGCUAGACGUGAUGACUGUAUCAAAACAUUUUAUAGCAUGGUGUGGUUCGGAGAAGACGUUACUGCUUCUACAGAUAAUGUUCGUUCAACAAUCUGGGGCCCAGAGAUGACUCUCACUGCAGAAAUGCUUGAAGAUCUGGCUAAUACAAUUGGCCGAACACAUGCCCAUGGAAAGAACAUUGUCGGCGAGUCUGACACGUUUCCUAUUAGUAUUGGCAUAGUUGCUGCGUGGGAUGCCGUCGCCAAACCUAUCGUUUUGAAAGCUGUCCCCGGAGAUCUUCUAAGGCUUGUUCACCAGUCGAACUCAUUCGAGUACGUUAAAGAAACGGCGGCUCUUUGCGUGGGAGAUAUUAUUCAGGCAAAAGCCAAUGUUAGAGCUAUUUACAUUGAGGACGCCGGAAAGUAUGUGACAGUCGAAGGACAUAUUCUUUCCUAUAACGAACCAGUGAUGAAGGUCACAUCAACUUUCCUCUUCAAAGGUGCCUUUGACGACUUUCAAUCUACAUUUAAAGUUACAGAUGAGCCAGAUAUCAUCUUUGAAGUGGCUUCAGAGCAAGAUGAGGCUGUUCUCAAGGAUCGCGAUUGGUUCCAUCUAGAAAAUCCAUUCCUGUCUCUCAUCGGCAAGACUUUGCUAUUUAAUUUGUGUUCAGAAGUGACCUGGAAAGAUAAAAUAACAUAUGACACGUUGAAAGUAUCAGGACAAAUAUUUCAAAGAAACAGCUUGGGACAGAUUCAGGAGAUAGGCAGCGUGACCUUUGAACAUGGAAAAUGCGUCGGCAAUCCAGUCAUGGAUUUCUUACAGAGAAAGGGAACAUCAGCCGCUGCAAAGAGCGACCUCACAAGUCCCGGUUGGGCUGGAGUAUCAUCGCUAGAAGUCCAAAUGCCUACUACUAACGAGAUGUACACUCGUGUCUCUAGAGACUACAAUCCAAUUCAUAUGUCAUCAGUGUUUUCACACUGGGCCGAACUUCCCGGCACUAUCAGUCAAGGAAUGUUCACUUCUGCCAUUGCUGUCAAUGCAGUCGAACAUCUAUCUUUGCAGGGCGAACGACAUCGACUACGAAAAUUCACUUCGACUUUCACCGAUAUGGUUCUCCCUGGCGACCGACUCGUGAUACGCUUGAAGCACGUGGGAGCUAUCGAUGGCCGACUAGUAUUCAAGGUAUCCGCUUUGAAGGCUGACACUGAAAACAUAGUCCUGGAAGCAGAGGCGGAAGUUGAUCAGCCUCAAUCCGUUUUCUUCUUUACAGGGCAAGGAAGUCAACUACCUGGUAUGGGUAUGGAGCUAUACAAGACUAGCGAAGUGGCUCGGCGUAUUUGGGAUGAGAUCGAUGCCCAUAUCUUCGAAAGAUUUGGGUGGUCGGUCAUUGACAUCAUUUCAAACAAUCCGAAGAGCAUGACCAUUCAUUUCGGAGGCAAACGUGGACGACAACUGCGCGAAAACUAUCUAGCCAUGGAGACAGAAAUUACGACACCAGACGGUCGCACAAUCAGAAAGACAUUGCUACCUGGAUUGACACGCGACUCUCGUUCAUACACAUUCUCCUGCCCAUCUGGAUUGCUGUUCUUCUCUAGUUUCGCACAGCCUGCGAUCGUAUUGGUCGAAAAGAUCAUGUUUGAAGACAUGAAAAGUCGGGGAUUAGUUCCUUCGAGUCCGUACUUUGCUGGUCAUUCACUUGGCGAAUACGGAGCCCUUCUAGCAUUCUCUGGGUUUAUGACUACGAGAGAAUUGAUGGAACUGGCAUUUUAUCGUGGCCUAUCUCUACAAUUUGCCAUGGAGAGAGACUCGAAUGGAGAGACGAAUUAUGGCAUGGUUGCAGCCAAUCCCCAGCGUAUAGGAAAAUUUUUCAGCGAGACUUCCUUGCGGCAAUUAGUUCGCAUGAUUGCACAUCAAAGUGGCGAGCUGAUCGAAAUUGUGAACCUGAACGUAGAGAAUGAGCAAUACGUUUGUGCGGGAACACUACAAAAUCUGCAUGUUCUUGAACAUGUCCUAAGCUACCUGGCUACGGCCCCCCACGGGGCAGAAAUGGUGGGCGAAAUCAUGACUACCAAGGACGAUCUUUCUGCAACGACGAUCGGCCAAAGGCUAGCUGUCAACCUUGUUGAAGCACAAAAAUUACCCAGCCCCAUUCGACUGAAGCGUGGUAAGGGCACGAUUCCCAUCCCAGGGAUAGAUGUUCCAUUCCACUCUUCUUUCUUGCGUCAAUCUGUGGCCUCGUAUAGAAAGAUCCUACAGCGACGAAUCCCAGAAGAGAACAUACACUUGGACCGUAUUCUGGGGAAGUGGAUUCCUAACGUAAUGGCGAGACCCUUCUCCAUUGACGACGAUUACUUGCUGGAAGCGCUGGAGUUGACCAAAAGCCCUAUCUUGGGGGAAUUGAUACACGGACCGGUUGCAGUUUAG